GACGCCGGGUCAGAGUUGGGUGCAGCUCCACCAGAGAAGGAAGCGGAGUUUCCGGCUGUUUGCAGCGGAGGGAGAGGAUUGCUGACGCCGCGAAACCCCGAGAAAAACGCCGCCGGCUCGGGGGGGCUAACAGUUUGUAGUGUCGGUAGUGGUCGCUUUUCUUUCAUAUCGGGGGAUCUGGGGGCUGUAGGUAUUUUUACGAGCCUUGGGGGUCGGACAGCAAACCUAGCAAAGAAGCGGCACAAGGCGGGGGUGAGCCACCAGCUACCGGCAUGGCCAGGGACUACGAUUACCUCUUCAAGCUGCUCAUCAUCGGUGACAGCGGAGUGGGGAAGAGCAGUCUCCUCCUGCGAUUUGCAGACAACACGUUUUCAGGUAGCUAUAUCACCACGAUCGGCGUGGACUUUAAGAUCCGGACAGUGGAGAUCAACGGGGAGAAGGUGAAGCUACAGAUCUGGGAUACAGCAGGGCAGGAGCGCUUCCGCACCAUCACCUCCACAUACUACAGGGGAACGCACGGGGUCAUAGUGGUAUAUGACGUCACGAGUGCAGAGUCCUUCGUCAACGUCAAACGAUGGCUACAUGAAAUCAACCAGAACUGUGAUGACGUGUGCCGAAUAUUAGUGGGAAACAAAAACGACGACCCCAACUCCAAGGUGGUUGAGACGACUGACGCGCAGAAGUUUGCAGAGCAGAUGGGAAUCAACCUGUUUGAGACGAGUGCAAAAGAGAACAUCAAUGUUGAAGAGAUGUUCAACUGCAUCACAGAGCUAGUGCUAAGAGCCAAGAAGGAGGUGCUAGCCAAGCAGCAGCAGCAGCAACAGAACGACGUGGUCAAACUCACCCGGAACAGUAAACGAAAGAAAAAGUGCUGCUAGCAAACUCGAAAGCCAUCUACUAAAGGCCAGCGGCGUCUUUCCUUCACACAUGCAUAUACACAAGAUGGGACUCAGAGCAUCUAAAUUAAAGAGCAGAUAAAGAUUUAAUAAAUAUAUGGUGAAAGAUUAAAAAAAAAAAAUGGAAAAAAUGUCCCCUUUGGACAAACUAAUCAUGAAGACUUCAAAAAAAGUGUACAGAUUUUAUUAGACGUCAGAUCAAGUUUUAUUUGGAAUUCAGCAGAUGGGCACUAUUGACCUGAGGUCCUCCUUUCUCAAAGGAUCUGCGAGCCGACAACUGACCGCCAAAAUGCUCCAAUUGAUAUCCACAUAACCCCCACGUUCAGUAUCUCAUCUCUCCUUCUCAUUCCACUGCACACGGGACAUUCAGAGUCGAGUGGGACUCUGCGCCUGAGGAGAAGGAGGGUUCGCUUUUUUCUGGAUUUCUUUGUUUCUCUCUAGUUUUAUUUUUGGGGGUGGGGGGGUGUUUGGUCGGUUGGGAGGUGGGGUUCUUUGAAUUUUUUUUUUUGGAACGGGCGUCUGAGUUAGAGGAGAGGUCUCACCACCUCUCUGCAGUUUCAACAUUUCAGACACCUGUGUUACCACAGCUCACGCCAAGACAUCAUGAACUGCUAGAUUUUGUUUUAUUUGACUUGUUGGGGGAAAAAAAUCACACGGAUGAUGAUGAUGAUGAUGAUGAUGAUGAUGAUGAUUGGUAGACGACCUAUAGCAACUAAUCCGAUGGACAGAACUGGUGACUUCUCAUGUUUUUGUUUUUCUUUGUCUAUAUUUUGCCAAGCUUCCCACCCUCUCCCCUCUAACCUCCAAUAGUGCUGAGCCAAUGAUAAUUGAUUUUAUUUUUUGUCUUUUUUUUUUCUUCUUUUUUUUAAGUGCAGCAGAGCAGUUGAACCGCUCCUGGAGCUCUAGGAUGUCGGGCUCUGAAAGCACCGUUCACUGCAGUCUUACUAUGCUUUCAGAGUUUGCUUUUAAACCUUUUCCUCCAUUUUUUUUUUUUAAACAGUGAUACUGCCAAUAUUCUAUUAAAAAAAUAUUAGGAGCUCAGUGGCACCUCUCAUUUGGACUGUUGCCAUAGUGGCCCCUGGUUGGCCAUGAGGCAGGGUGAAUCAGGGACCCUGUUGAGUCCUCAGGAAGCGCUCAGGGCUGCCCUCCCUCUCCUUAUUUCCCUCUUUAUUUCUGCAGCCACUGGCCUUCUUCCCCGCGACUCCCACAUAUCAGCACCUCUCACAACAACGGACUCCUGCAUUCGGGCCGCCAAGGUGCACGAAGCGGCUCUCGCUCUGGAAACUGGCUUCUCGCAGUCGUUGCAGUGACCUUCAAUCCAUAGCAGACUGUGGUUUUUGCCCUUGUUUUUCAGCAUGUAACACUUUGUUUGAAGGGGUGUGUAAAAGGUAUCGCCUGACAUGCAUUUAGACUGUCAAGGAUUUACUGUAUUUUCUCAGCUUGCAGAAUAUUCUUAACAGUUGACUAAUGUUAAAGUCUGAUGUCGUGUUUUUCUUUGCUUUUCUCUGUCACAACUCCCCCCUCGCAACCUGUUCAAUUGAAGUGUUACCCGACAGUGUUUUUGGCAUCCACAAUGAGAGUGUGGCAGACAGUGGGACUGUAAAUGUAAGAACAAAUGGGGAUGAACUGCAGCACUGGAUCCCAGUGCGUUUGGGCCUAAGCUCCUCUCCCUCUCUGCGUGCAUCGCCAGGGUUUGUCAGAGGCCAAAGCAUCGUGCGGUGUCUAUCGCUGGCAUCUUUGUAUCUUUAUUUUGAAUUGGGAGAGUAAUACACGGAGAGAGCUGUAGGCAUUGGCUGAGCUUCUGUGGGAAACAUUUAGUUCUCCUCUGGGCAGACUCAGGCAGCCGGUUUGGGAUCCUGAUACGCGUUGAGAGGUCACGGUGACCUCCAGGGCCUAGGAAUGGUAUCACAUCUCACACCUUAUGAUUUCUUUUCAUUAUGUGUAUGUAUAUAUAAAUAUAUAUGUGUGUUUAUAUUCAGUAUAGAACAUACACACAUAAUUAGCACACCAAACGGUGCAUGUGUCAAACGUGCCGCUGUGUGCUUUGGUUGAAACACACUCGUCAGCUGUGGUUUGCUGUACACUGGAGAAAAAGAGAUGUACUAUUCAUUUUUCCCUACAUGAAUUUAAUCAGUAAUAAACGUUUUAAAGGAAUAAAUAUUUGACACAUAAUGACCGAUCUCAUGUGUCAGUGAUUUGAGGCUUGGUCUUAACUUCAUUUUAAACCUGUGUCUUUUUAUUUUUUUGCUUUAUGUGAAUAAAAUGUAUGGGAGGAAGUG